AGCGACCGAUCUGAGCAUCACAACAAAACUUAACAUGAAUUCAACUUUAUCAUCAAAUGGUACUAUGAGAAAAGGAGGGGAGGCCUAAGACAGGAUUGCUUAACGUAUCAUCAAGCAUAAAGAAACCUAAAAGUGUUGCGGUUUUUUGCAAAAAGCAUUGUGAGAGGUGACGUGGCUCAUCACUAUGAACGGCUGUGUGAUCAACGGAACACCAAUUGCGAUCGACUUUUGGAAACCGACUAAAGCACCUCAGGCUCGACUGUUCUUUCUGACACACCUUCAUACUGACCACACUCAGGGUCUGACACGCACAUGGCGGCUACCAAUCUAUACAUCACCCACCAAUGCAGUCCUGUUGGAACACAAGUUCAAGUUGCCGAAGAGCAUAAUGCGGGAGCUGGAAGUUGGGGAGACUUACUUAAUUCCUGUGGACAAAGGCGGCAAUUACCCCAUCAGUGUUACUGUCCUGGAUGCCAACCAUGUACCAGGGGCAGUAAUGUUCCUCUUCCAAGGGUACUUUGGCAAUAUUCUGUACUGUGGUGACAUGCGAUGGUAUCCAGAGCUCUUAGAUCACCAGGUGUUGAGGAACGUGGUGGAGCAGAAUGCACUGGACAUACUCUACCUCGAUAACACAUUCUCUGCACCUUACUGUGACUUCCCAUCCAGAGAAGAUGCCAAGCAAGAGCUUUUUAAAAUUAUUGAUUCUUAUCCAGACCAUGUGGUCAAGAUUGGUAUUAGAGACUUAGGACGAGAGGACUUACUGGAGGCAGUAGCUCGUAGAUUCCAAGAGAGAAUAUUAGUGAAUCAAAGCAAGUAUGAACUUCUACAGCUUUUACAAUAUUCAGAUGCUUUUACUGUUAAUCCAGAAGAGGCACGCAUUCAUGCUGUUCCAAUGAACCAGUUACAGGUAUCUGCUCAUAAGAAAUGGAACCAAGAACAUCCAACAGUCAGUAUUAUGUUGACAGCUCUGUAUGUAGGUUGGCAAAAUGGGCCUUACAGCAGUCAGCAUAAAAACGGUUUCUUCACUGUACCCUACAGUGAUCAUUCGUCAUACAGUGAGCUACUGGAAAUGGUGGCCCAAUUAGCACCUCAUCAAGUAAUACCUAUAGUGCAGAAGUGGUCAACUUUUGGUUGGUGGUCAAGUUCAUCUGCUCCUAAUCAAAUGGUUAAAGCUGAUAUGUCUGUGUACAGUCAUUUUCUUACAUUCCCACCACCUGAGCCAAUAUUGAUACCUGAUGCUAUUGCCGAUUUAAUGCGUGAAGGAGGCCCAAUGUUGUUAGCACACCAGCCUCGUCGCUGUAACCUACAUCGUGGUUUGACUCCCAGACCCAGACGAACUUUAGGAGUAGUUUACACUACACCUGAGUGUUCCUCUUCAUCCGUUUCCCUACUGACUACUUCACCUGCUUUAAGUAGGCCCACCAGUAUGAUGUCACAGUUGAACUAUCAAAAUCCCAAUGAAGAUACUCGUGGGGAUUUAAUGUUGAAAGAUGAUGAACAAUUCCAUCAAAUGCCACUUGCUAAUGAUAGGUCUUCAUCGUUACUUAAAAAAGUCACUUUGGAAAAGUUUACAGGCAACUCCACAAAUGGAACAAUUUUUAAAGACCAAAAUAAACAAAAUAUCAGAGAAGCAUCUGAUGACAAGAUAUCAAAAAAUGAGUUCUCAACAUCCACAGAAGUAGCAUCAAAUUACUCUUUUUGUAGUCCCACUGAAGGAAUGCAAGUAAAUAUACCAAAUCCCAAUAAAGACAGCCCUGAGGAUCAUGCCAGAAUACAACGUUUGUUUUGGAUGGAGCGUGCUUCAGCACUUAUGUUAUCUCAGUGUUCCCUUCUAAUGGAUGACAAUGGGAAUACUGUAAAUGAAUUGUCAUCAUUGGUGGAAAAUACUGAACCCAUAUGUGAUUCGCUUCAUAAUCUUAUCUCUUUAUUAUGAACUUGGAAUUCUGUCACAACACUGUAAGUGUUCUACAAAAAGGGUGAGGAAGCUGUGAGGAUAAAUUCUCUGUUUGUUAUUUAUCUUGAGAUAUCAGUUACAAUUUGGAAUGUGAUGUGUGAGUUUUUAAAUUCUAUCAAGUCAGUGGUGAAUGUUGGAGCAGUUCUCAUGAUAACACAGCACACCUGUCGACCUUAUUGACUCGUGGAUACUGGAGGUUAUUGCUUGUUUUCCCUCAUUGUCAUUAUAAAAAAUGCUUAGAUAUUAUAAACCAUAUCAGAUGCUGCCUCAUGGUUUUUGGCUUUUUUUUGGAAUGAUCAUGUUACUUUUUAAAAAUAAAUGGAAUGUUAUACUUAUUUUGUUUUCUGGGAGGGUCCUUCUCAGUGGCUCCUCGAGUUACAUACUGGUAUACCACACCAAGCUCUUAUCAAUUCACGAUCUCCUACAAGAGACAAGUACCAGAAUAUGGUCCACUCAAUUAAAUGAAGGGAAGUUUGGGGAUCUAAGACCACCACAAUAACCAAGAGACCAGAAAAGUAGAGCACACCAAAACAAUUGUAUGGAUCACAUUUGCAAUGCUGAUUCUAAGUACAGUAUAUAUAAAGUCAUUAUCCAUGUUGAGCAAUUGACUUGUAACCAUCAGGUGGCAGCCUUAGUAACCUGGGUCCUCAGAUCAGCCGACCCAUCAUUCACACCCCUGGUGUUGCCCUGUCCAGUACUGUGCCAGUACUAUUGGACUCAGUUCUCCUUUUCAGAUGUGUGUGUUGGCCAUUCUUUGGACUUCAUCCAGCUUAAGGGCCUGUGCUUCGUUUGCUCCUGUUAGCUUUGUGUAUGCAGUUUGUGCCUCAUUUUGCAUGUGCCCAGGCAUUAAUGUUGGCUAAAGCUGUAUGGGGCCCAGGGUUUCUUUCCAUGUUUGCUAGUAGCCUUGUCCCUGCUCUCAGCUAGGGUUAUCUACCCUAAGGAGACCUGGCUUCCCCAAGCCUGAAGCAGACACAGUUCUGUCAGAGAUUCCUAAUGUGACCCAUUAUUUUUGGAAAUUUUCUUUGCGACUUUGGGUUCUUCUGGGGAACUGUUCUUAUUUUUUAUUUAUGUGUCAAUGUAUGGGUCUCUGGCAUCUCACAGGGAUUUAAUCUUUCCCAGAGUUAUCUUUUGUUGUUGCGAAGGUGUUCCAGAUGUUGGGUCUUAGGAACCCUUUAAUGCGAGGAAGGUCCUCCUUAACCUCCUUCGCAGUUAGCUUUUGUUUAUUCCACAGCUUCCCAUCUUAGGUGUUUCCAAGUAGUUUGGAUUUGCUGCUCCACAAGUUUUCUGGGUCUCUUCAUACUUCAGCUGUGGUGCAGUUGGAUUCCAUUAGUUCCUGCACAUGGAUUGGGACCUCCCCCACUUUGAGAAUGGGUCUGUGCCUUGGCACAUGUUCUUUCUUUUGUCUUUUCUUUUUUGAAUGUCUCCCAUUUCUUUUGUUUGUGUUUAGUUUGGUGGUUCUAUUGUUUGUUCACCCUUCUGGUUGUUUGGGGUCUUCUCCCACUUCUGUGCUGACCCUGUCAGCACAUCACUCCUUGAAUGGCUCUCUGGGUGCACAGGUGGCUGUGUGAUUGUUGCCCUAUUCCAUGGUCUCUUAUUCAGUUCACUUCAGCAAUCCUCUCUGUUUUGUCAACAACAUUGGAUCUGCUGGCCAUGGUCCCCAAGUUUGCAGCUUUGUUCAGGCUUGUGAUUUCGGCAUUCUUGUGGGUGUUUGCGACUCGGUCUUUGGUCUCGUAUUCCUAGGAAGUGCCACACACUGACUUGGCAUUGGGUGAGUUGCCACAGUGUUAUGUCCCUGUGUGUUGUUCACAACUUCAUUCCUUCCUCAGAGUCAGUCUUCUCGGUGUUCCUACUUGUUCUUCUUGGUUAGAUAGCUUAGGGAGCUACUAAAGGGGAACCUCACAGUAAACUAGCACCGAAUGUAAUGAAAGGCUUUUAUCUGGUGGGUCACUCAGUAGCUUGCCAUUCCUACCUUAUAGGUGGUGUGUGAAUGACUGGGUUGCAGCUGGGGUGAUAGAGGCAACCAUCUGGUGACAAGCAUGUGCUAUUAGCCAGUGGUUCUGGCCAGCUAAUGACUAUAUAGAUUCAAGGAUGCAAGUGGGAUUCAUGCACUUAUCUGUGUAGGUGCUUACUAACUUUCUAGUGGUCUUUCUCUUGGUUACUAUGGUGGUCCUAGACCCCCAGACUUAUCUUCCUUCUGUUGAUUGGACGAGAUAAUGUUACUGGUCUCUGUUAGGCAAUUGUGAAUUAAUAAAGCCUUGUGUGGCAUUGAGGGUUUGACAGAUAUACCAAAUGUGUUCAUCACGGAGAUACAAAGGGACCCACCAGAAAGAGGUGCUUCAUUACAUUCAACAGUGAGUUUUUGUUCAAGGAGAGAUGAGGUGGGGCAUGUGGCAUGUAAAUCAAAACUGAACUUCAAGUUCUUCAUUGCUUGGUGUAGACCUGUUAGCUACAACAUUUCCAGCUUGACUUUUCUGAAAGGGGCUUCCCUCUGCAUCUCCCUGAGUACCUACCUGGAGCACUCCAAACCCACGUAUCAUACCAAAUCUCUAACAAAUCAUGAGCACUUACCAUACGCUUAGGGAAGUAGGGAUACAAGAUUAGCCACAUUGCCGAAGGAAAAACUACCAGAAAGGUGACGUGCAUCAAAACAUACAACUGCUUGGACACAUUGGCAACCUUUAUUAGAAUUAUAUAUACACAUAUUCUAGGUCUAGCUCCACGCUUGUCACUAGAUAAUAGCCUCAGCAACCCAGGGGUCAGAUUCUUGGGAUGAUUUUGGUUCACGUUAUUUUGAAGUUUUGGGCGUUUGCAGCUUUUCUUGUUGCUUGGGGCCAUUGAUGAUUGGGGCAGUGGCUUAGCUGUUAUUUGUGCCUCUCUUCUAAAAAUCUGGCAGGGUGUUAGGCUCUGCCCCUGAGCCUAAAAUUAGGCUCUGCUCCUAUAUGUACUCCUGGCCCCUACAUACAAUCUUAUCCACAACAUUCACUCUUAUCUCCCAUAUACAUUCCAAUUCUCUCACAUGCUCUUCUAUCACCCCCACAUUCAUUUCUAUCUUUCAUGUGCACUCCUAUCCCCCCACAUGCACACCUAUCCCCUCUCACAUGCACUCCUAUCCCCCCUCAUAUACACUCCUAUCCCCCUCAUAUGCACUUCUAUCCCCUCUACAUGCACUCCUAUACCCCCCUCACAUGUACUCCCCUACACUCCAGCAUAGACAAACUAUUCUCUAUCAGAUGUUGGGCCUCAAAGGUUGUUGGGCAUGGCAUAGGUGUUUAUUAGCUUUCAAAACCCUUCAGUUCCCUGUGCCCAAGGCUGUUCUAUGACUGGCUGACUGGGGUUAGCUGGCCAGUAGCUAACUGGCUGGCUGGAGAGAGAACAGAUGUUUGAGACUAGGCAAGGUGAUACAGCUGCUCAGUUGGGCAACCUACCAUCAGUCAAUUCUGAGGAGCAAUGUUCCAGUCAAACCACAGUUGGAUGCUACUGUAAGGAGUCCCCACACACUCCUAUUCUCUACUUGCACAAUGCAUGUGGGAGACAGUGUAUGUGCAUAUAUGAGUACAUGUGGGGGACAGGAGUACAUGUGCUCCUAUCACCCACUUGCACUCGCAUAUGGGGACAUGAGUGCAUGUGUGUGAUAGCAGUGCGUGUGGGUGAUAGGUAUACUUGUACUCCUAGCCCCAACAAACAGUCUUAUCCACAACAUUCACUCUUAUCUCCCAUAUGCAUUCCUAUUCUUCUACACGCAUUUGUAUCACCCCUACAUUCAUUUCUAUCUUCCACAUGCACUCCCCCCCCCCUCCACAUGCACUCCUAUUCCCCCUCACAUACACUCCUAUCCCCCCCUCACAUGCACUCCUAUUUCCCUCACAUGUACUGCCCUACACUCCAGCACAGACAAAUUUCCCCUCCCCCCACUCCCUUCUUAUGACUGACAAGGUGGAGGAGCUAGGAUGGGGAGUUUGAUAGCAACCCAUCCUCAAACCAGGCUCAUUAAUGCAGCGGCCACCCCACUGCAUCACAGUCAUCAAUUUUCCUAUAUUUUGCAUUAAAAAAGUGUUUUUUCAUAUAUAUACAAAUUAAUGCAAUAUUAUUAGAUAUUAAAGUUCUGUUUAUGGUUAGGCAUAGGUUAGGUUGAGUUAUGUGUUUAGAAUCCGUUGUUGGCGAUAAUUUGUAUUUGUUUUACAUGGGCGAAACAUUUACAGAGUUGCGGUUCGAAAAGAGGUUGUCAGUGAAGCACUGUUUGAAAAAUGUUCAAACCUCAUCAGUUCUGAGUCGUGUGUAAACCAUUUUUCAUUCAUUAACAAGGUUUGGCAGCUGAAUUAACAAGCAUUUGGCCAUCAUUAAUGCGGACAGGUUGUUGAUAGUGAUAAAUUUGUAAGACCACUAUCUUUCUUGUUCAUAAUUUACUAUGAGUGGUUGGUAAUUUUUGUUUUUUAUGCAAAUAAUAUGAGUCCUUACAAUUUAUAUUUAUAAAAUCAUGUCUUAUCAAAUUGAUAGACAUGAUUUAUCUAUCUUAUUGAUAAAAUCAUGUCUUCUUAUUGUUUCAGUAACCCUAUGAACCUUUAAUGUGCUGAUAUAGGUAAUAAUUUGCAUUGUUAGGAACACAUCUCCAUACAAAUAAUACUCUAGUGACCCCCCUUAUAGCACUGAUUAUGUUAAUGUUCCAUAUCCAAGGAUUCAUCCCCGGCAUGAAACGAAGUACACAUGAAUACCAUAUACAUAUACAGUACAACUAUUCUCUUGUGUCAUAGAAUUACAGAUUAGUAUAGGUGCCUGUAGUUUUAUAUAUAAAUAUGUAUAUUUUUCAGAUACUGUACUGUAAUUGUAUAAUUUCUUUAUUUGCAUAAUUUUUCUGGGGGAGCCCAUGUGGCUCCUCAGAGCUUAUCCAGGUUGAUAUAGAUAUAUUAGAUUUUGGCAUAAGUCAGUGUGAAUGGUGUUCUUAGGCCUACCGGGGACCAUGAACCAGAACCUGGCCCCCCUCACAAAGGUAUGAGGAGCAAUGUCCUAUAGAAUUGCACAUGUGAUUUGGAGCAUUCUAUGUCUGUUAUCAACCAGGUCAGGCACCCAGAAUGGUAAGCAUCCCAAAACAAACCCCUAUUCUAGUUGAAACUAC